GUUUAGAGAAGCUAGAUCACAAAUAAACGUAACCCAUUGUCCGCUUUUUCUUUUUCCUUCGGCCCGUUGCCCUCGAUUUGUCUGAACCAGCAACCUUUAAAGUCUCAUCCUACGCCGCCGCCCAACCCACAAGCCCUCCCCCUCUGCCAUCGCCAGCCUUGUCUCAAUCUCAUCUCGGUUUUUUAGUAUCUCCUUCAACCUCUCUCUCAUCUCAGUCUCGGCUUUCGCCUCUACACAAACGACCUUCAACCUCAAGCUCGCCGCUCUUCACUGCAGUCUUUUAGGCGUCUAAAUGGACAAGAAGCGAGGUAGACACCAAAACCCCAAGCCCUUUAUCCCAGAAGAUAAUGACUCCAUUGCCUCUACUAGGAAACGAUCCAAAGCAGCAAAACACCACCAAAAGCAAGAAACGAUGAUAUCUUCGGGGAUAAGCUCGAAAAUUUUGAAAGAGGCGCUGAUUCAGCAAAAGGAGAUUCAAGAGGAGGCUGAGCAGGCUAAUCCUACUACCAAUGCCUUUGUUGUGGCAGAGGAAGAAGCUGCUAGGCAUCAACAAGAAGAGGAGGAUGAUGUUGAUGAUUUUAGUGGAUUCUCUGAGACUCAAACCCAGUUUGGUGACGAGGAGAUUGAUGAGGAUGAGGAGAAAUUACUGGAGGCUUUCUUAUCAAAGGAAGCUGGUCCUCAGCGUACACUUGCAGACCUCAUCAUUGAAAAAAUUAAACAGGAGAAUGCUAAUAUUUCUUCAGAAACACAACCCAUGCCAAAAUUGGAUGCAUCUCUCAUAGAUUUGUACAAGGGGCUUGGCGAGUUUCUAAGUAGAUAUACAGCUGGAAAAAUGCCUAAAGCAUUUAAGCAUAUCCCUUCAAUGCAACUUUGGGAGGAUGUUUUGUACUUGACUAAACCUGAGAGUUGGUCACCAAAUGCAAUGUAUCAAGCAACAAGGAUCUUUGCUUCCAAUUUGGGUGUGAAGAAGGCAGAGAAUUUCUAUAGGCUUGUAUUGCUUCCUCGAAUCAGAGACGAUAUUAAACAGAACAAGAGGCUGCAUUUUGCUCUGUAUCAAGCUUUGAAAAAAUCUCUUUACAAACCUGCUGCAUUCAACAAGGGAAUAUUGUUUCCACUAUGUAAGUCAGGGACAUGCAAUCUUCGGGAGGCCGUUAUUGUUGGAAGUAUUAUUCAAAAGGUUUCCAUUCCCAUGCUUCAUUCAAGUGCUGCACUAUUGAAGCUUGCGGAGAUGGAGUAUUGUGGCACAACAAGUUAUUUUAUCAAGCUUCUUUUGGAAAAGAAAUAUGCCUUGCCAUAUCGUGUACUUGAUGCUGUUGUUUCUCAUUUUAUGAGAUUUCUCGAAGACACAAGAAUAAUGCCUGUAAUAUGGCACCAAUCACUUCUUGCCUUCGUGCAAAGGUACAAGAAUGAAUUGAAGAAAGAAGAUAAACAGAAUCUUAGAAUGCUAGUUGGAAAGCAAAAACAUAAAUUAGUAACUCCUGAAAUUAUCCGAGAGUUAGAUGGCAGCCGUAAUCGCGGUGAGAAAGAUGAUCCUAUGUCAAUGACAUCUCCUAUUUCUGUAAUAAAUAAAGUGAUAGAGGAAGACAGGUUUGAUAUUCCGCAAGUGCCUAUGGAGGAGGAUUGAAUGUUUGGCCACGGAGGAGGAUAUUCCACAAGUGAUCGAUUUCAGAGAUGGUGCAUGUUUUUGUGUUGGCAAAAUUUUGAGAGCAAGCGGAUUCAACUAUGGAGCGUUUGAAUAGAUAGUCAUUUCAAAUGAAUGGUUUGAAGUCAACGGCAUAGCUUGUGUUGAUAAUAUUAUAUGUUUUCUUCGGUUAGGUAGAUUCAUUGAAAAGAGACUAAAUUCAUUGAUGUUCAUUUUUACUUUAUAUAAUUAUGAAUUUGAAUUAUAUUAUGUGAAA